CCUGCACCCGCGCAGCUCAUCUGUUCCCCGCCUCCAUCCCGAGCGUGGCCGCCGCUCCUUCCUCGCCCGACAUGUCCUCAUGUGCCACUCCCGCCGCCGUGAAGAUUGGAGUAAUUGGUGGAACAGGCCUAGAUGAUCCAGAAAUCUUAGAGGGAAGAACUGAAAAAUAUGUGGAUACUCCAUUUGGCAAGCCUUCUGAUGCCUUAGUUUUGGGGAAGAUAAAGAAUGUUGAUUGCGUCCUCCUUGCAAGGCAUGGGAGGCAACACACCAUCAUGCCUUCGAAAGUCAACUAUCAGGCGAACAUCUGGGCUCUGAAGGAGGAGGGUUGUACCCAUGUCAUAGUGACCACAGCUUGCGGUUCCUUGAAGGAAGAGAUUCAGCCUGGCGACAUCAUCAUUAUUGAUCAGUUCAUUGACAGGACUACCAGAAGGCUUCAGACCUUCUAUGAUGGAAAUCAUUCCUGUGCCCGAGGAGUGUGCCAUAUUCCAAUGGCUGAACCAUUCUGCCCUAAAACAAGAGAGGUCCUCAUAGAGACUGCUAAGAAGCUGGGACUCAAGUGCCACUCAAAAGGGACAGUCGUCACCAUUGAGGGACCUCGUUUCAGCUCCCGGGCAGAAAGCAUCAUGUUCCAAACCUGGGGGGCGGAUGUUAUCAACAUGACCACAGUUCCAGAGGUGGUUCUUGCUAAGGAGGUUGGAAUUUGCUAUGCAAGUAUCGCCAUGGCAACAGAUUAUGAUUGCUGGAAGGAGCAUGAGGAAGCGGUUUCAGUGGACCGGGUCUUAAAGACCCUGAAAGAAAAUGCCAAUAAAGCCAAAAGCUUACUUCUCACUGCCAUACCUCAAAUAGGAUCCAUGGAAUGGUCAGCAGCCCUCCUUAACAUGAAGAAAACAGCCCAGUGUUCUGUUUUGUUACCAAGACAUUAAUAUAGCAUGGCUGCCCAGAAGACCAGGAGGCUUUGAAAUUCCAGUCCUUUUGUGAAUUCCUGCUUGAGAAAACAUAGAAAAGAUAUGCAGCUUUCAUGCCCUUGCUGCCCAAGGAAGACAUGAUAAGACAUUGCAUUCAUCAGAGAUGCCUUCUCAAAGACUUGGACUGCUUCAAAUAACAGAAGGAAAGCAAAGUACAUUUCCAGAAAAGAAAAAAAAGAAGACACCUUUCACCAUUCCCCUAUUAAAUCUGUAACAAUAAAGGUAGUAAUCUUCCUAUCCUAUGCUGCCAAGGAAUUUGAAGAAGAAAAGCUCUUAGACUAUUUACUGGUGUGACUGUAAGUUGGUAUAAUCUUUUUGGAGGGCAGUUUGGUUAAAAUGUAUCAAAGGCUUAAAAAAUAGUCUUUGUGCUGGUUAAAUUCCUGGGAAUUUAUCUUUAAGGAAUUAUCAGAGAUACAUGUAAAUUAUGAAUAAAGAAGGAUGUAUAACAUAGUUAUCAUAGCAAAUAUUCAAAACAAUCUGAAUAUCUAACGGAUGGAGGUAAAUCAUGGUCAAGCUCUUAAUUAGACUGAAGCAGCCAACUGAACAUCAUGGCUUCACAUAAUGUACAAAACACAUUGCUGCUAUAUAAUAUGGAAUGAGGAUAUGUAAACAUUUUACAGUACUAAUUUUGUUUUAAAAUUCUACAUAGUUAUGUACAAAGAAUAGAAAGAAAUAUAUGCACUCUUCUGUUAUUGUAUUUGGGAAGAGGGAUACUGGAUAAUUUUUACUUUUUCCAUUUCUUCACAUUUUUCUACAAUGAAUAUAAUCGAAUAGUGAAGUUUUAGAAAUAAAAAUGGGCUUAGAAAGACCCGGUUCUUGAAAACCCACUGUUUUGGGUAAUGCAGCAUAAGUUAAGAUGGCACUGCUAAGAGGAGUUCUGUUUGAGUUCCAUCUUUAUAUUGUUAAAAAGACCAUUUAUGACUCUGGUUAGAACAAUAUUUGGGUUUGCAACAAUGUGAGAAAAGCUGAGUGUUUAAUAUGGAGCUAAUCUUAAAUUAUUUAAGAGACCAUAUACACACAUUAUAGUGUGUCAGAUAUUUUUAAAACUGAUAUUUGACUUUUUGUUUCUACACCUUUUUAUGAUUUGAUGAAUUAUUUUACAUGAGUUGAUUUUUUAAAAAUAAAAAAAUGGAAGCUUCUUACUGUUUUUAUUCUCAA